AUUUUGAGGAGUGGCCUUGUGCGUGUAUUCGUGGACGGAAAGAACAAUGACUAACUGAAAAGUUCAAGGAAUCAAUCGUCACCCAUGUCGUAGACGGGACCUUCUGGCGCCGAUCACUCCAUUCUUUCUUCUCUAUAUAUAGAUAGACAGAGAGAUUUCACCUCACGAAUUAUUUAAAUAAAUACUAUUUUUAAGAGUUCAACUAUAAAUAGCAAAAAUCUCGUAGAAAAUCCCCGACUUGAUUGGACUCUUUUCUCAUCUAAAUCAAUUUGCAUUCAACAAGGCAAAGCUUUUGGUUGCAUCAGCAUUGGUCUGCGGAGGUGGUCGAUAUCAUCAUCAUCAUCAUCAUUUUCGUUGUCCAGAAUGGCGGAGGAGAUCACCUCACCACCCGCCGCCGCCGCCGCCGCCACGACAAAGAGACGCUCCCUCUGGCCCUCCCUUCUCCGGUGGAAGCCCACAUCCACCGAUCACAUCAUCGCCGCUGAGAAACGCCUCCUCUCUCUCGUCAAGACCCGUUACAAGCAAGAGCGGGUUAACAUUGGGUCAGGACCACCGGGUUCAAAAACCCGGUGGUUUCGGUCUGCAAGCGAUGAACCGAGGUUUAUAAAUACAGUAACGUUCGAUAGCGAAGAGGGGUCGCCGGCACUGGUGCUGGUACAUGGAUACGGUGCUUCUCAAGGCUUCUUUUUCCGUAAUUUUGACGCUCUUGCUAAGCACUUCAAAGUCAUUGCAAUUGAUCAGCUUGGAUGGGGUGGAUCGAGCAGGCCGGAUUUCACAUGUAAAAGCACUGAAGAAACUGAGGCAUGGUUCAUUGAGUCCUUUGAGGAAUGGCGUAAAGAAAACAAUCUCAGCAAAUUCAUUUUACUUGGGCAUUCAUUUGGAGGGUAUGUGGCUGCUAAAUAUGCAAUCAAGUACCCCGAGCACAUUCAGCACUUAAUUUUGGUAGGACCUGCUGGGUUUUCUUCGGAAACAGAUAUGUCUGAGCAGCUUAUUCAAUUUAGAGCAACAUGGAAAGGUGCAAUUGUGAAUCAUCUAUGGGAGUCUAAUUUUACUCCUCAGAAGUUAGUAAGGGGGUUAGGUCCUUGGGGUCCAGGUCUGGUUCGCAAAUAUACGAGUGCUAGAUUUGGCUCGAAUUCUCAAGGAAACAUGUUGAACGAGGAUGAAUCUAGAUUGCUCACAGAUUAUGUGUAUCAUACUCUGGCGGCGAAAGCUAGUGGAGAAUUGUGCUUAAAGUACAUAUUCUCCUUUGGGGCCUUUCCUCGGAUGCCUCUUUUACAUUGUGCUUCCGAAUGGAAAGUGCCAACUACAUUCAUAUACGGUUACGACGAUUGGAUGAAUUACCAAGGGGCACAAGAAGCUCGCAAGAGUAUGAAGGUCCCAUGCGAGAUUAUAAGAGUUCCUCAGGGUGGUCAUUUCGUGUUCAUAGACAACCCAGCUGCUUUCCAUCCUGCUGUAUUUUAUGCUUGCCGCAAGGUUUUAUCACCUAACCAGUACAGUAACUCUCUACCGGCAGGUUUGCUUUCUGUCUAAAACUGAAGAGAGAUUUUUUCACCUCAUUUUUUUCUUCUAUUUUGUAGAUCAAUUACGUUUGUGUAACAGUAGUCAGUAGGUAGAGGACUAGCUUUUCUCAGCUAAUUUUGGUCCUAGGCUAUGUGCAUUCGAGGCACAUCCAACAUAUCUCUUGUAUAAUUUACUAUGGACACUUGAUUGUUUAGAUACUUAACUGUUAAAUUUCAUCAUAAAAAUACUUUCAAUUAGCUCAA